UCUGUACUGAGAGAGAGACCUGCGGGAAGAGUCAGUCUGUACUAAGAGACCUGCAAAAAGAGUAAUUUGAACUGAUGCAGAUCUCCAGGGAAGAGACAGCUUGUCAAAACUGAGAUGUCUGCAGGAAGAGACAGUCUGUACAAUUUGAGAGAGACCUGCAGGAAGAUACAGUCUGUACUGAGAGACCUGUAGGCAGAGACAGUCUGAAUAGAUGGAGAAGAGACAGCCUGUACACACAUUAGAGAUCUACCCAUUGCAGUGACAGCCUGUGCUCAAGACUGUGAAUUUUUUAAUAAAACGAUAAGAGUGAUCACUAUCAGGUCAAGAAUUACAGGAACAAUAGACAAUUAUGAGGAUUUUAUCCCAAAGAAGGAAAUAAAAGAGAAUCUUAGGAUGGAAAAAGAGACAUCUGAUUCCCAUAUUGAUUACAAAGAGACUGAGGCCUACCUGAAACAGUAAAACUGCAUGCAUCUAGAAUGAGAGACCUGGACUACAGAUCACAGGCAGUCUGAAUAUAGCGAUAAGGAAUUCAAAUUGGACAGAGACAGCAACACUAACCAAGGAAAGAAUAUUAAACAGUCUGUGAGAAAGAAACUGGAGUGGCAAAGAGACUUCCAUUUCUGAGAUUAGAUUGAAUGUUGAAAAGGUCUGACCUGACACCACAAGCUUUCAGCAAUGUUGAAGGGGCCACUUACAUUUGAAGAUGUCGCUGUGUGCUUUUCGGAGGACGAGUGGAAGGGCUUACAGGAGAGAGAAAAGGACCUUUACAGAGAGGUGAUGAGAGAUAAUUACCACAAUCUGAGCUCACUGGGUUUUUCCGCCGCUAAACCAGAGAUUGUAUUGAAGAUUGAGAGAGGAGAGGAUCCAUUCGUCGUGACAAAAUCAGCUGGCCACCAGCACAACUCCUCCAAAUAUACAAUAGAAGAUCCAGGAGUAAAAGUACAAAAGGAACUAAGGUGGAAUCUGAGGUCUAAUAUACCCCUUCGUUCUAAAAGCGGACAGAAAAGGGUGACAAACACAGGAUGUAGCAACCUACACAAAGAAGACCUGGAUCGAUGUCUGGCACAGAAAGUAACGGGCAGAUUGAUGAGACAGGCAAAGAGAAUGUCACAGACUUGCAGGAAAGAAACCUUAUCUAAAACCUUAUCUAAAAUGAUCUGCCCCACUCAACAGGCUUCCUCAAAUAUCCCAGAAAAUUGUAUAAAGGACACAAAGAAGCCCUCCCUGCCACCAGAGGAACAGUGUGAGGAGAUUCCACAGAAAAGUUUAAAACACAAAGGCAAUGAUGCUGUAUCCCUCGGUAAACAUUCAGCAUUGAAGGAAGAAGACAUAACUCAGGAGACAUUGCAUUUCUCAGGGUUGGUGGAAAGUUCACCAAAACCUUUUAUUUGUGUCCGGUGUGGAGAGAGCUGGAACCUUCUCUCAAACCUUCUCUCCCAUCAGAUGGGUCAGUGUCAGGUAAGACCAUUCAGGUGUAAUAUUUGUGCCAAGACGUUUGUAAAGAAGCAGCAUCUAAGUGCCCACAAGAGAACCCACUCAGAGGAGAAGCCAUACACAUGUGGUCAGUGUGGACGAAGUUUUCGUCAGAGCUCGACGCUCACCACUCAUCUCUGGAGCCAUGCUGGGCUGAAGCCCUUCCACUGCUCUUGCUGUCCAAAAUGUUUCAGCAGGAAAACUGACCUGGUAGCUCAUAUGAGGAGACACACGGGAGAACGUCCAUAUGAAUGUCCUUACUGCUGGGAAAGAUUUAUACGCAAAAAGUCUCUGCAGAGGCAUCUACAAAAACACAAUGGAGAAACCCUCAGACCAGGCUGGGAGUUUAAUUGUCCUAGAAUGGAGCAGAAACACAGCCUUACAGAGGGGACUCUAAAACAGGAAAAGUAUCCAAGACAAACCCUCUCAACGUCAAUAAAUCCUACAAGAGAGCUCUAUCUCAGAUGGAAUGGUAAUGAGGAGAAGAAAUUUGAUGAAGAAAAGCGUCAUUCAAAUCUGUGUUUUUCAAAAAAUGUAGCCGCACCAGUGGUCACGGGGACAGUAAAAAUGGAGUCAGAAGAGGUACACAUUCCGGAGGAUAUUAAGGCUAGGCAUCAAACUACCCAAACAGAGCCACAGAAGAAGAAGGUAACCAGGCUCCACCAAAACAUGCUUAAGGAGCUAAAAAGAUUCAGAAGAACCUCCGUGCGGUCUCAGCAGGAAUGGGACUCUAUGAGGUUAGCAAUGAAUCAACUGUCUGAGGAAGUGACCCAGCUAAAGAAGAUGGUGGCUACGUUAUGUGCUGCCAAUGCCUCAGCUAGUACAGGCAGGGUUUCUGCAGAACUCAGUAGUGCUCUAAUGUCAUCUUCCUAUCCUCUAUUUAACAAUCCAGAAAAAACUAACCUCUGCUCAGAUGACAGGCGUUCUUUAGAUUCUAACAUGGCCUCUCCAGAAAGCAGCAUUCUUUGCACACCCAAUCACCCUUUGGAGACAUUAUCUGAAACCAGCAAAGACCAUUCUUCAUGGAUGUAUGUAACCUCUUCACAUGAUGAAGAUAAUUUGCUGGCAACUGCAACAGCAACAACCCCAAUCAAAAAAGAAGCAGACUUGGAGACUGGCAUGCCUCCGGGCAGGGUUUUCUUUGGAGCUUCUCAGUUUCAGGUCGGAGAACGUCUUCCUAACAUCAGCAUGUUACCACUGAGUGCAGAAAAGGAGUGGACUCUGCUCGCUAGAAGUGGUGGUAAACCUGGAAGAUUUGCUGCUUUGGUGUUCCGUGCUCUGGUACCCUUUGACAUAUACAAAGGAUGGGUUAACCAUGUAAACCUGGAUGGAUUAAGGGGUCGGAAAGGGAUUCCUCUGAAUGUAAAAAGAAGGAUGAUGGGAGUUGUUGAACGUCACUUCACUUUACGGAAGUCUGAGCAUCGGGAAAUCCGCAACAGACUCAAUGAGCAGCUUCGUACCAGACGUAAAAGUGAUAAACACCCACGCUAUUUCUACUGAUUACAGCAUGAAAUCAGUCAUCAAUGUAAUUUACAGAUUUUUUAUAAAUUCACUUACAUGUCUUAAAUGUCAUAUUUCUCCUACCAACUAACCCAGAAAGCACCUUACACUGACACUUGCCUGUCUCCCACCAAUAUAACCCUCACACGUUUUAAACUGGUCCUAAUCUCCCUCCAUCUGAUAUAUUCCUCACACACGUUUUAAACUGGUCCUA